GGCGCUGCGGUAGUCGGAAAGAGCACAUGAUUGUUUGGGAGUGAAACGUAAUAGGCGUGUUUGAUGUUUUAGAUUAAAUUUUGGAAAUGGAAUUGAGCAAGGAGACUUUAAAUUCGAUAGUAUUACUUGGUGAACCAAGUGUAAUUCCUGAUAAGCAACUAUCACAGAUUUUGCAGGAUGUGAUAAGUGCAGUUUUGAAUGGCACAAGGAAUAGCGUGAUGGAAGAACGUUACGAAGGAAACGGUUCGGUCAAAUCGGCUUUUUUUGGUGCUUUGUGCUUUUUUCUAGAAGCAGCAAAACACAAUACAGACGAAGCAACGUUAAUUAGCACUCUGGAAGAAUGUAAAGUCAAAACAGAACGAAUAUCUGAAUUAGUAAACUUCUACAAGAAAGAGAAGAAACAUUUACAGGCCCAUUUAAAUAGUCUAGGAAGUCAUUUUCCGCAUUUAGUCGACGUUGAUUGGAGACACGAUUAUGUCAUUAAAAGUGAUUCUUUGGAAAAAGUCUGUCAUCCUGUUUAUAUUAUUGAUUUAAAAACUGACACUAAAGAGCAAGUUACGUUCUCUUGUUCGAUAGAAGAAUUGCAAGAUCUAGUUGGAAAAUUAAAAGAUGCUACUAAAUGUUUAGAACAUAAUGUACAUAAUUGAAAAUAGAUGAAAACUUAUCUCCUUUGUAAUUAUGGAAGCGAGUAGCACUUGUUAUGAAAUUGAUUCUAAUUCUAUGACACAAUUAAGUAAUAUACAUUUCUAAGAUAGACUUAUUAGAAGUUCCAUAAAUAUAUAUAUUGUUUAUUUUGAUGUAUUUUUUUAUAUGAUCCUAUCAAAUUUGUAGAGUGUCGGACUGAAAAUUUGAUAAAAGAUAGGAUUUAGUAUUUGUUCGAGAAAGGAUGAAAAGGAAUGAAAAAUGGCCACGCGGUGAAAUAGUUUGUUGUAAUAAAUAAAGAUAAAUUUGAAUUUAA